UUGAUGACGUCAUCACAAAACGGCCACAUAAACAAGCAUGGCGGCCUUCAUAAUUAUUGAAUUUUCACCAUAGAAAAAUGGACAGAUUAACCCUACCGCGGUUACAGAAGACCGUGGACGCGGGGAAAUGUCUGCCGGCAGGAGACAGCCUACCAUCUUGGUCCCAUCUACCAUUGGAUGCCAAAUUCCCCAUGGUACCUAACCUUGCUGGAACUCUCACACUGUUUACAUCAAAAUGCGGAGCUGCAAAAUACCGCCGGAAGUCCAGUUCUGACUUUGACCUCACUGAUCCGAAUGGCAUGUCCAUGUCGAGCGAGUACCACCCCUUACAUGACCCUCACCUUCGGUCUCACUACAGCGUUUCAAGAAUGCGCAGACAUCUCGUGCGCAACGGAUUUAUCACCGAAUCUGGAAUGGUCAUAUGUAAUUUGAAGGAGUUCAACAAGUACAGGCAGUACCUCCGUAGAAUAUGUCUGAUGGAACUGGUGCGGGAACGGAAGCGAGACACCCUCAGGGAAUCAAGCAGCGGGAUGGGGAUAGGAGAGCGGGCGGCUGAUAACGACAGCAGCAGACUGACGUCAAGAUUUGCCGAGACCAGACGAAGACAUGCGGAGAAGAUUGAUGCCCAGCGAACUAGACAGGAGAUGAUGGCAAAGUUGAAGGGCGAACAGAUGGAGAGAAAGAGGCGAGAACAGAGAGAACGACAUGCGGAUAUAAUGAGGAGAAAACAGUACGAGGAUGACAGAAGGAGGGACACACUGCUCAGGAACGCCGAGGAGACUGAGAGGCGGAACAUGAUUCUACUGCGGAAAUGGCGACGACGAGAUCGUGAUCAUGCUAUCAGAAUGGAAGCCAUGAGGCGACAGAGGGAAUCAGAACUCCAGAAAAGGAAUAAAGAUUCGUGGGAAACCAGAAAGCGCGUCCAAAGGGAGAGGCUGGACAGAGAGGCGGUCAUCCGGGAACAGCUGAGACUUGCUACAGAUAAGGACAUCGCUCAACGGAACAGACACCUCGCGAGGCAGAGGGAUGGCCAGAUGUCGAAACUUCAACAGCUCAAGGCGUCUGCACGUGCUGCACGUGAAGAACGAAACAGGAGAUGCGAGGCUCGCCUGGCCAGAAGAAUAGCGGCGGCCGCUCGAAGAGGUAAUUCCUUAAUGCUGACAUACUAUGUGCACAACGGAGGUACCGUUCCAAGUGCAACCGGUCGCCUUUCAGGAGCGAAUGGACUUUACAGCAAGUUCUCCGUCGGCUUAGUUUUCCGGAUCUUGUCUCAGCCCCGUCAGUGA